AGCUAGCUCAGCCCUUAAGCUAACCACUCCCCUCACUCUUCCUUAACCUCUCAGGUGUCACGGUUUAUCUUUGUUGCUUUGCAUCAACACCACCCUUGGGAGGGCUUUCAACUCAAAUCACUAGGACAAACUAAUGGAUCUUGCCAGGACGCCGGCGCGGCGGCCCAUGGAGCCCGGGCUGGCGCGGCGGCUGUGGCACGUCGUGCUCGCCGUCUGCCACAUGCUGCGCCGCGGCCUGGGCCGCAAGCGCCUCAUGAUGGACAUGCACCUCCUCGUCGGCCGCGGCAAGCUCGCCGGCCGUGCGCUCCGCGGCCUCCUCGUCCACCCUACCUCCGGCGGCCACCACAUCGCCGCCUCCUCCUCCACCUCCACCAUGGCGUCCUUCUACGGGCACCGCGCGCGGGAGGUGGAGUUCAGCUGCACCACGACGCCGUCCUACCCUCAGUACUACGGGCUCUUCCCCUUCAAGGGCCGAGGCGGGCGUGGCCGCGGCGACUACGGAGGCCUGGACGCCGCCGCGGUGGCGCGCGCGUUCGAGAUGAUGAGCGCCGACGUGGAGUCCGGAAGGGCCACGCCGGCGGUGGCAGGGGUGGCCACGGCGACUCCGUCCCCGAUGGUGGCCUGGAUCCUGGGCCGCAGCCCCGCCGGCGUCCGGCCGCUGCGCGUCACCGACUCGCCGUUCCCGGUCGUGCCGGAGGGCGGCAGCAACGAGCGCGUGGACGCCGAGUGCGACGACUUCAUCCAGAGGUUCUACGAGCAGCUACGGUUGCAGCACUCCGUCGCCACGCCGGAGUGUAGCUAGCUGCGCGCCGUAGCUAGGUAUUAUAGCUUGUUGAUCCGGCCGUCUGAUCGUCGGCGGCUAGCUUUGCUUUAAUUUGCAUAUACGCACCGAGCGUCACGUCGUGAUCGUGUAUUCGUGUGGUACUGGAGUACUCUGGUUGCAUGCAUGGAUGCAUGGACGGCGACGGCCGGCCGAGAUGCAUGCCGUCAGCGAGCCAUCGAGAACGAAUGCUAUGGUUCGCCUUAGAAUCAAGUGUUUCAUGUCUA